CCCUCGGGAUUCCUCUUCAUUUGUAGGAAAAUGAAGACCUUGAUAAGAAAGAUCAAGAUGUAAAAGCGGAAAAGGAUAACAUUGCGACCACCUCUAACGAAUCUAACCAGGAAAAUGACAAGAAGAAAAAGAAAAAGAAAAUGAAGCUUCCAAGUUGUUUUGGUUUCAUUUCAACUUGGAUAGCCAAACGGAAGGAGAAAAGACGUCAAAAGAAAAAGAAGGCUAUAGCUAGCCGCGCCCCCACACCAACGCUAGUUCAAUAUGAGCAUAGAAAAUCACGUGGCGGGGAGUCUUUUGUCAUUGAGGUAGAUUGCAAACCGAUAGUGAUGAAGCCGAUAUUGCCGCCAAUAAAGACUGCUGAAGGGCCUAUACGCCUAGCAUGUGAGGCUCGGCAAGAUAAAGCUGAGGCCAAAAGAAAUGAAGAGUUAUCCAAAAAGAAAAUAAUGGCAAGAGAGCACCAGAGAAAAAAAACUGAGUGCAAGCAGCGAAAAAACGAAGCCGAACACCAGUUUCAGGAAAGAGUGCGACUCCGUAUCAGCCAUAGACAGGCAGACGCUGAACGAAAUAGGAGCCACAUGUCGUCUCAAAGAGCCAGUAUAAGCCGGAUGUCAACCAGAGCAAGAAGCUCACUGGCUGUUUCCUCCUCUUCAGAGUCUGUCGACGAGGGCACUAAGAAAGCCCUCAAUGUCGGCAGUCCUAACUAAAUUUUAGGCCGGCCGACACUCCCUAUAAAUAGUAGGACACAUUCAUUUUGCUAUUGUCACGUGAUAGGUUAUUUUCUUGACAUAAACUACAAAAAGCAACUUAAUCCCUUUUCCCUUACUCAUUUUUAAUUUUAUAAUGUAAUUUUUUUUUCAUUUUAUUAUCAGAUGAUCAUCUUUUCUCGCCGUUUUCAGCCUUUACUUUUGUGACCCUUCUAUACGAAUUUCAAAUCAUACUGUGUGUAACAUAUGUCCAUGACAAUUUAUUC